GUGGAAACACGACACACGCCGGCAGGUGGCACCCGCAUAAGGCGUCUCUACAGUGUCGCUGGUGCAGAGUGUGACGGACGCUGUCAUGACGUCCGGGAGAUUCCUCCACUUCGCCUACGCCAGCAAUAUGCUGAAGGAACGAAUGCUCUGCUACAACCCUAGAGCUCUAAAGAUAUUUCGAGGUCCUGCCAAGCUGGAGAAUUACCGUCUUGCGUUUUGUCGUGAUUGGCCUUUACCAGGCGUUUGGCAUGGGCCAACCGCUAAUCUCCGGAAGUCACCGGGCAGCCAUGUUUGGGGGGUGAUCUGGGAGUUGGAAGACAAGGUCAAGGCCGAAUUGGACAGCCAGGAACAUACUCACCAAGGCCUUGACCUGGAGGUGAGCGACCUUCGGGGUAACAAGUUCACCUGCUACGCGUUUGCCAUGCGUGAAGGUCAAGGUCAGGAGGAGCUUCCUUCGCCGCAGUACAAGGACGUAAUAGUGCGCGGAGGUCAACAGAGCAAAGUUCCGGAGGAGUAUAUCCAGACUUUGAAGAGUCUGCCAGACAACGGAUAUACGGGGCGUAUUGCCGUGUAUGAAGACGUCCUGGCGAUUCUUAAAGGCGAGGCUUGACUGUAUUCAAAUGCGGGUUCUGAAAUGAACUUAGUGAGGGUUCGUUCAAAAACCUUUAAUAUAAUAAAAUGGAAAAUGACAACAAUAAAAAUCUUUGGAACAGGCGAAUAUACAGUCUUAGACAUGUCCAAGCCAAC